AUGUGUGUGUCAUUAUUUAAUACUGGUCUACAAUACUUCACACAAGCUUUGGACGGCAUGGACACUCUAAGCGUGUUUGAUUACAUGCAGCAAGUGCAUUAUCUCUUUAAUACUGCCUUAUUGGACGCUGUGAUCUAUAAUCUGGCCCCACUUCAAGACGACACUGGUGAAGACUUCACCACAGAGCUUGAUGCUGUUGAAGACACCGGAUCUGGAUCUGAUGGUGACUCAGAAGGAGGUAGUACAUCUGAUGCAAGGAGUGACUUGGGGACCAUGAGGAGGAUAUUGACGAUCCCUCGACCAGACGCACCCAUGCAUGAGGUCCACAAGGCACUCGAAAUAGCCCAGCCAGCAUAUAAUGCAGUGCGAUCCAAGCUACAGACUCUCAAGAAAGAUUACGUGGUGCUCCAGGCUGCUGUGCCUGCACGCAGCCAUAACAAGGUCCUCAAGAAAACAUCGGCUCUUGACAGCCAAAUCUCACACACAGGCAAGAAGUAUGCGAUGUUCCAUUAUUUCUGGGUCAUGAAUGGGCUCUUCCCAACAACUUCCCAACCAAAUAUCGACCCACGCAGUGAUACAUGUUGGGCUUCACCCGAGGCAAAGCUCAAUGGCGCUAUGGCUGAACUGUAUCACUUUUGGAUCCCUGUCAGCUCUGAAAGGUCAAACAUACUGCAUAGCCUCAAAGACUGUGCAGGCUUGAUUUUCUCCAAUCUGAAGCUUGAUCCAACUAUUUUCACUGCUAGAUCCACUGAAAAGAAAGAGAACAAGCAGCUUGUCACUCUUCUAAAGAAGCAUGGUGAGGAUGAGUAUACACGUCUGGCUCCUGUCCUGUUCACCAAUCCCUCUGUGAUGGUUCCCGACGACUUCCUCAAAACACCCGUCAUGGUCAAACUGCUAUUCGACCCUAAAGGGUUUCUGGACCAGGCUCAAGGCUCAGAGAAGAGGAAAUAUGAUAGAAAACUACUGAAGACUCUGACUCCUACUGGUAACUGGUGAAAAGAUAACUUCCUUAUGUAAGCUACAAAAGUGCCAACAUAAGGUAAGGUAAAAACAGUCUCUACAAGCCCAGCCAGAAAUGAAUCCCUACA